AAAAUUAAAGUUUGUACAAGGCGUCAACAUUAGUGUGGAAGGUGAUGUUUCUCUUCCAAUGCUCAAGAUUCUCCAUCUUGAUUAUUUCAAGAUAGUAACGGGUACGUUUAACAAGCUUCUUUCUGGUUGUCACGCGCUCGAAGAAUUAUUGCUGUAUAAUUUGAUGUGGGAUAAGUCUUUGGAGCCUGGACCUUGCUUUGUGAAUGUGUCUAUCCCAACUCUCAAGAGACUAACGUUUUGUCGUUUUGAAGAGUUUGAUGAGGCUGAAGAUUUUAACAAAAGUGUGUCAUUGUCAAUAUUUGAGAAUCCUAAUUUGGUCUACAUAGAAUACAUUGAUUCUAUUGCGGAUAGGUAUCAACAACAAGUGAGUCUUGAUUCGCUUGUUGAAGCUAGUCUCGGACUCCGACUGAGAUCUGAUCUGGUCUAUAACCAAAGGUAUCAUGAAACAGAAUAUCAUAUGUCAUUCAAGGAAAAGAGUAAUGUAAUAACUCUUCUGACCGGAAUAUGCAAUGUCAAGAUCCUCUGCUUGUCUGAUAACACUCUUGAGGGAAUGCAUCACAUAUCUUCAGAUAGAUGUGAGGACGAAGACGGGUGCUUAUGCAGAUAUCCUACUGGUUUUGGGGUGGAUGUGGUUGCUCGUACUUGCCUAUCAUCAAGUCCGGUCAAGGUUCUGAAGAAAGUGUUCAAGAAACUUGAGAAGCUUCCGAGAGUAGCUUCAGCCAACUGCAAAAUCCAACUAAUCUCGGAUAACCUCAGCUUAUCAUCUAAUGCGUCCGGCUAAAUGGAUCGGAGUCAUUGUCUUUAGAAGAUCCUUUUCUCAGGCUACAAGAUAACCUCAGCAUAUCAUCUACUUUUCCGUACUCUUCUUGAGAAGAUCCUUUUCUUCGGAUUCUCAGCCAUAGAUCAGGCUAAGAAUAACUAAACUCUCUUCAAGCUCCUCUUGGUCUUUUGUUUGUUCUUCCUUCAAUGACUUGUGUUUAAUGCUUUCUCCUUUUGACUCAGAAUAGUGAUCAUCUUUUGUUUGUCUUUCAUCUUCUUGAAAUGGAUCACAGUUUGUUGAUGAUAAUGAAUUUAAUGACGUUGC